CAUUUCGUUAUUCAGUUGCUGCAUGGCGGUGCUCGUAUCAGGUUAGGGUUGUAAGCUGCUGCUUUUUAUUUCGUGUGUCUGCCGUUCGUUUUCGCUUAAGACAAAGCGUGUAUCACUUUCACCACCAUUCUUCUAACAUAGCCAAGUGCGUUGCCUGUUACAUUGCUUUCCUUGUUCUCCCGCCCAUUUCACUAGUGUAGGUUGCUGAGAGAAGUCCUCACCUUUGCAUUAGGCUUAUUAGUACACUUGUUUCCUUGCGAACGGUUAUCGCUGGUCCUGGAGUGAAAAUUUCGAUCUACAAUUUUAAAAACGUACUUCAUAUUUCGGUUUAUACAUUGUUAACAGUUUGUACUGUUGAUUUGUUUGUGAGACCUGGAGUGUUGUGAAGGCAGUGAGACAACGCCUCUUCUACUGCUAUUUACAAAUUUUAUGUUCGUGUCUUUUUUACAAGUAACAUAAAAGUGUUUAAUUGAUCUGCAACGUAAAGUGCUGUUAUUUUAUUGAUUUUUGCGAAGAUACUUUAUAAGGAAUUGUGAAACUGAAUCUGAUUCCAGCGCAAUAUACGGAGCAAAGGAACAGCAUAGAAGAAGCAGACCGUUUGGUUAUAGUACUGUCAGUGUAUCGAAGGUUAAAUCUACGGAAGAGACUCGCUAAUCACCACACAACGUUCUUUAAGAGGUUGCAGCAGCGCAGUACCCUAAUUUGAAGCAGCACCGAUAGGUGGCAACACAUCACAAUGUCACAGAUAAUUAAAUUCUUCGACGAUUUCCACACGAUGCUAGAAAAGAAUGGCGAUCCGCGGACAGGAAAAUGGCCCUUGAUGAGCAGCCCAUUCCCAACGUUAGCAAUAUGUCUGAGCUACAUAUAUGUAGUAAAAGUUUUGGGUCCUAAGCUAAUGGAGAAUAAGAAACCUAUGGAACUAAGAAAAGUCCUGAUAUAUUACAACUUGUUUCAAGUUUUGUUCAGCGUGUGGCUUUUCAUUGAGAUAGGCAUGUCAGGAUGGCUGACUGGUCGUUACAGUUUACGCUGCGAGCCAGUUGACUACUCCAGCCACCCAGUCACAAUUAGGACGGUACAUGCAUGUUGGUGGUACUAUUUCUCGAAAUUUACUGAAUUUUUUGAUACAAUUUUCUUUGUACUUAGGAAAAAGAAUGAACAUGUAUCUACACUUCAUGUUAUCCAUCAUGGGGUUAUGCCUAUGAGUGUUUGGUUUGGAGUAAAAUUCACUCCAGGAGGCCAUAGUACUUUCUUUGGACUCAUCAACACAUUUGUACAUAUUGUAAUGUACACAUAUUAUCUUUUGUCUGCACUGGGACCACACUACCAAAAGUACCUGUGGUGGAAGAAGUACCUCACUACGUUCCAGAUGGUCCAGUUUGUUGUGAUUAUGGUACAUGCAUUCCAACUGCUGUUCACUGAAUGCAACUAUCCACGUGCAUUUGUAUGGUUCAUUGGCAUGCAUGCUGUUAUGUUCUUCUUCCUCUUCAAUGAAUUCUACAAACAGGCUUACCAAAAGAAGAGGAGAAUAAGUGUUGUGAAGACUAGAGUUGAAAAGGCUGGUUCAACAAAUGGUACAUUACCAAAUGGUCACACCACAGGCUCAGAAAAGUCAAAUGGUUACAUCACAAAUGGCUACAGCAAUGGUCGAGCAGCAGAUUAUUAUGUAAAGGCAUCAACAGCAGAUCUUCAUCUUAGAUCAACAACAUCAAUAAAAGUGACAGAAGGUGCUUCAACUCUCGAGUAAUACCAGGGAAUAUAGAGAAAGUGGAAUUAUUCAGUUUAUUAGGAGAAAGAACUUUCAUAAAAGUAAAAAGAUUGUUAUUUCUUUUUAUUACAAGUUUUUAUUUCUUCUGCCUGUAGCUGUUGAUAUGAUAGUGGGAAACGUCCCGCUAACAACUUGGCGCUGGCCGCUGUACGCAGAAGUCUCCACAGCAAAUGUUCUUAAAGUUUAAUACAUCAUUGCCAGGGUGUUGCCUGAAUAAUAUGGAUAUGUAUUGUGAUAUUUUUGGUGUAUUGAAAUGUAUUUCUGAAAAAAAAAAGUACUUGUUAAUAUAGAUAAGUUGAUAAUUUUCACAUACUGAGAUACCAGUAAGUUGAACUUUACAUUGCCUUUGUCAGGUAAAAUUGUAGAAUGAAUACAGAAUCAGAAAGAAAGUCUGUGUAUCAGCAAGUAAACUAUAGUGCUGCUGUAGUGACAUACAUAGUACGAACAUAGAAGAAGGUAUAGAUUGCAAUAUUUGUAUAAUGCACAAAACCAAAUUAUUAUUAAGGUCCCCCCCCCCACCCCCCAGAAUUCAGUGCAGUGAACCUGAAUGUGCAGCUGAUACAUAUUUCAUGAUGCUGUAAUAAAUCUUGCACAUGAUUAACUUUAAAAAAAAUUCCAAUAAUGAGUCAAAGCAGCUUUCUCUUUAAUUUAUAAAUGUAAUAUGAGACAACUAAAGGUGUAAGACUAUUGAAAAUCCAGAAAUUACAAAUGGGUUCAUUUAUGGUGGAAACGAGGUUCUCAUGGUGGUGACUAUUAUCUCCUGGGAUAUGAUGCACUGUGUUCUGCUUGGUUUUUGUUUUGUGCUUGGCAUGCUUUUUGAACCUUAAGUUGGAGGCAGCUUGUUUUUCCAAAAUGUUCGUGAACUUCGACCGGGCUACACAGCAUCACAUACCAGAAGACGGUACUCUUCAAGGUUCAUUUGUGACUCUCAUUACUCUAUGAGAAUGCAAAGAACUAUAAUCAAACUUGCAGUGAAUGCUACUUAUUUUUCAUCACACAUUCCAAGACAACAUGCACAGAGGUUAUUCCCAUGGCUGCCAUUAAGUAUUUAGUCUUUCAUGAACAUAUAGAAUUAUGUAACCAGUUUGGCUGUAGACUUUCUCCUAGCCUGCCAUGUGUUUCAUGUGAUGUAAGUUAAAUAAGUAAUAUGUUCUUAAACAUAGAUUCCCACAUGUUCACAUAGUCACUGUCCAUUUAUUUCAGAAUGAACAAAAUCACUUCUAAAAACUGACACUUCUAAUAAGUUUCUUGGGAAGUUUAUGCCUUCAGUUUGAGGAACAUGAUCACUGAAGAAUUCUCAAUGACAUUUUGGAAUGUGUCAGACUGUUAUAACAGAUUAUGAAUAAGGUGUAUUUCAAACACUGGUCUAGCAGACCAUGAUGUAACAUUUCCAAGAAAUAAACAAAGAUGCUGCAAAAUAUAGUUGUAUAGUUCUGAGGCUCAUGUAUGUUAGUAGGCGUGAAGGUUAGGAAUAUGUUGUGUUAAUGGUGCGCUGUAAGAAUGUUAAAUUUGGUGUUACACAGUUUUAAAAUGUGGUCUUAUAAGAGUGGCCUUUAACAGUAUCGUGAUGGAUGAUAUUUCUAACUAAAGCAUAAGAGUAAUUCGUGCAAUAACUAUCUUUGUAUUUAUUUACACUCACUUAAAAGGAUAAAAUCUUCACUAGAAUUUUGUAUAUAUAAUAUGGCUGGCAUGAUGGUGAAGUGUAUGUGGAUGAUAUUUUCAUUACACAAGUCAGACAGGUGUAAAUAUCUGUUGGUUUUUUUACAUACUUGAAUAAAGAUUUAGCCUACACCAGCAAUAAUGGUUAUUGAUUAUGAUGAUGAUGAUCCCCUAUUCUUUUCAAUGGCAACAUAUCUUUUUUUGUCACAAAUUUGAAUAUGUCAUUUAAUUCUGAGAGUCAUGAGCAUAAGAGCAUAUUUAUAUUUAUUCUUAAGAAGCUGAAAAUAAGGCAACUUUAACUUUCUAAGAAGCAGUAUUUGAAGAAAAUCUCACCUUAUAUUUGGGCUAAUAUGGUAUAAUUUUAUUCAGAGGAACCAUUGCAUUCUUAUAGAAACAAUCUUUAACAAAACUUAAAGGAGACAAAAUAUCAAUGCUGUGGCCAACAAGGAGAUGCAAGAGACUGUAAUGUUGACUCCAGAAACAAUGCAGAAGUAUGAAGUAACUAUUUGAUUUGAGAUUCUCACAGCAGUGAUUUUGAGCAGUAGUAUCUUCUUAGUUAUGGCACCAUGUAGUGUUUUACAAGUUCACUGAUAUUUCUGAGAAACAUAUCUUCAGGGUUGAAGAAUAAGCCAAGCAAACAGAGAGAUUGCUUACUAUUUGCUUGUUGCUUGUUGUAUGUAGUCUCUGAUCCUGAAGAUGGAGGCAGUUCAUCUCUCUAAAUAUUUCAGUAAACUUUACUAGAUUACAUGGCAUCACAUCCAAGAAGAUAGUACUCUUUAAACUCAAACUGAUUGUAUUUUUAGUGUUCACAAUGUUUCAGUAAAGUGAUUAUCUCCACAGUGACAUAAAGAAAUUGUGCUCCCAGAUAGCAUUACCAACAGCGCACCCAUGAAUUAACAACUACCUGUUUUAAUUGUUCUCGUUUGCAUAUCAGAUAAAUUCAUAAUAUACACAUUUUCGGUACCUAUGUUAUGAGCAGUAAGCAAAACUAAAUCCUAUAUUAUAAUUCUUUGAAUCAUGUCAGAGUUUCAUUUUCCUGUUCCAUUCAUACAUUCAUCUGUUCCUGCGUUUGCUCAUUCACUCCUUUCUUUUUCUUCUUCUUCUUCUUCUUCUUCCUCAUCUUCUUUUUGUUCCUCCACCUUUGACAUAUCCACUUUCGUGUGAGUUGUCAAAUGUCUUCUUCCCAAAGCUUCUUCUCCUACUUUUCUUCCUAUGUUGCCUUUCCUUUUGUGUAACCUCUUCCCCAACCAGUUUUUCAUAUCUUGACCUUGUCUUUUUCUUAGUCAUUAUGUUUCUAGAUAUUCAAAACCUUCUUUGGAAUUCUCUUUUCUGUCAUUCAUAAAAUGUCGUCCUGUUGUUUAUUAAUUUGUCUACAUAUCUAGUUAUCUUUAAAUUUUCUCUACAUCCCUCACUUCUUGUUUUUUCCUUCUAUACUUCUUAGAAAUUCUAUCUCAUCUGCAAUUACUCUACUAAUAUCUCUCUUUGUCCAUGCUCAUGUUUCUGUUCUGUAUGUUAAUAUGGACCUGUACUAAUUUUUAAAUAAAUACAUUUUGCCUGACUUUUGCAUUUCCCACUCCCAAAAUUAUAUCCAUAACUGGAUGAUAAGAUUUUCAUGCAUUUUUAUUGUUUCUGUUGUUACUUUUUUUACUAUUCCAUUUGUCAGUAUUUUGCUUCCUAAGUAUUCAAAACUUGCCACUUUAUAGUAAUUCCUUUUUUUUUCUGUCUCUCUCUCUUUUCAUGUCUCCUUUCCUCUUGCUUAUUUUCAUGACCAUGCAUUUAUCCACACUGAUAUUUAAACCAAAAUUUUUACAUUUAUAAAUUAGAACUGAGCCCAGUGGUCUGACAGUAAUGAUGUUCUAGACUUGUAUUUGGGACACUGGCUAUUCUGAUUGAUUUUUUCAUUAUAUAAUGUAGAUUCGUAAAACAUCAUGAAAUAAACCAUGAACCUCACUGUAAAUCUGAAUUGGAACCAACAUAAAACUUCAGAAAACGCUCAUAUAAGUACAGGGUGUUCAAUCAAGGAGGAAACUUCACAACACCGUUGACAGAGCCCAAUAUUCCUCACAGAUUGCUGCUGUAACUGUAACAACACAUUAUAAACGCCAAUGACUCAUUCUGCUAUCAGCAGUUACAGUAGCAAUAUGUGAGGAGUGUUGGGCUGAGUCAGCAGUUUUGCGAAGUUUCCUCCUCAACUGAACGCACUGUAUUAUAUAUAAAGGAAUCAUGAGACAGUAUAUUUAUUCUGCUCACACAGCAGGUCUUCUUUGUUGACCAAUUUUCCUGGGUACUGUAAGGUUUAUUUGAAAAUAUCACAAAAUACUAAGGAAACAAAACCAUGUACAUAUAUAUUCAGACUCAGGGAACAUAACUGUAUUUUAAAAAUCCAACGUUCCAAUUUAAAAUUUAAGCAUAAAAAAAUUCAGUCAUGUAAGUAUUAACUUGUAUUGGCCAUACAUGACCCAGCUGUGGCAAUGCAUGCACUGGAUUAGCUAGCUCCACCAGGCCUGGUGUCAUAUUUUUUGCAAUAUAAACUCCAUUAGUGCCAAGUUUAAAUUUUGUCAGUGCCAUCAUAGAAAAUGAAAUACAGUCAAUAAAGGUCAAUUUUUUGGAAUGUUUAAGUCAAUACAGCCCACAGAUCAGACAGUUACAUUUUCCAUUAAUGAAACUACAAAAGUAAUCUUUUUGGUUUAUGUAACAUGCAGUUAAUUGGUAUAAGUGUGUCAGUGAAGAGGAAAACAUAUCCUUGUUCUAUUGUACAUCAGUGAAGUAAAGACAGGGCUGUGUCCCAUAUGAAGAGGUACUACAAAUAUAACAUAAAAGUGCUGUUAAUAAUAAGAAAUGUUCUGUUGUGUGAGGGAAGCUACUUAAGUACAUAAUGAAAACUUUCUCGUUUUCUUUACAGUUCAGUGUAGGUAUAUAAUUUCUUUUAGUGCCACAAAUGAUAGACUGGUAUAAUUACUUCUUUCUGAUUUUAUAAAGCAUUGUGUACAACUCUUUCAUACCUUUUCUAGGAGAGUGGACAUAAAAAGAAUUGCUCUUAUUUUCACCUUUCAUUUUAUUCCUUUCCCUGUCCCCUCUUUAACUUUAUCAUCCUUUCUUUCCACACACUUUUUCAUAACUUCCUUCAUCUCUUAAUUUUCUUUGCUUGCUGUCCUCCAACUUUCUGUUCUACAUCUGCUCAUUCAUCUUCCUACUCAUCUCUUCUCCCACUUCUUGUGCUCUUUUCCCAUUCCUUCCUACCCCUCCUUUUCCUCCUCCAUAUUCCCCACCUUAUCUCCUUUUUCUUAUUCUCUUUUUCAUUAUCCAGGGCUGGAAAUGGAGAUAGACACAGGUGGAUGCUAUGUAUAUAAUUCCCAAGUGCACUUUUUUUUUUUCUUAACAAGUGCCUUACAGUGUUGUAAAUAUUAUUCCUAAUAGUGACAUGUAGGAAGGAAUUCCUGAACAUCUACUGUGAAGAUGUCCUUUAUACUAUAUGCUGGUCAUUUCCAAGGCUCUUCUGCUGACUUCGAGCAUCUGUGUAGUUCUGUGGAGCCAUUUUCAUCCCUGUAUUUUCCUUUCUCUUUUCCAUUAUCCUUACCACACAACUUUCAGGGUCUAAGAGGGAAAGGAAUGUAGUUUCAGACCUCGUUACGGCAUUCCAUAAUUUGGUUGUGUAGCACUUUCCUGCCAUGUGCUGCUUAACAAAUCUCCUAUGUCAAGUUUCUGUUACUGUAGGCUUUGUAUGGGCCAGGUUGUAUGAUUUAAUAAUACAUGUCCACAAUACAGAAAAUUUUACAUUUAUUUGUUUCUUUAUAAUGUGCAAUGGAUCUGCAUCUAAUGCUAAAAAUAGAGACUGAAGAGGUUAUGAUGCAGAUUGAAUUUUUCAGUGUUUGGUGCUCCAUAUGGCUUAUAUGAUGCAGGUUAUACAUUGUAGACUUGAUCUGUGUAACAUCUGAAUCAUUACUAUGUGAUAUAACCUUAAUUUAAUUAAAACCCACGAUCUUUAGAUACUAUAUCAACAGAUUUUUUUGUCUUCAAUUUGUACAGUCCUUUUACACAAUCUUUAAUAUUAUGUCAGUCCAAAACAUCUUUGGAGGUGUGUCAUUAUUAGAUAGUCACAUAGAUUAUUUCACCAUCAUUAGAAAGUAACUAGACUCCAUUUGCAUCAUACAAUGAGAAACAAAAUAACCAUACAGGAGAGGUGAACAUACAGGAAUUUUCAUUCAUAAAGUUCCGUUGUUGAUGUAUGACAUUGCCUCAGAGAUGUUUUAGGCAGAGUGUAUGAACUAUUCAUUUUAUUACUUAUCUGUUAAUGUCUUGGUGUGAUAUUACUGUGUUAUUUGUUUUUCAUGGUGAAGAAAAUGAAGAUUAUUCUAAGGUUGUGUACAUUUCCUUACAGCAAUUGAAUUUAUGCUCAGAAUUGUCAUUUUAUAAAAUAAAAAUAAUCCUUGAUUGAAAAUAAAGCAUCUUUCAACUAAAUGAGAUCUAAAGUUCUUGUGGCAAUGUUUCUGGGGUGCACUGUUGUGUAAACUGGUGAAAGUUUACCAGUGAAUAGGAGAAAAAUAUUGCCUCCAUCUUCAUGGUAAAAUAAUAAGCUGAGCAGACAGCAAGCAAGCAACUUACUUUUGUGUGCUCUGUAUACUCUUCAGCCAUGAAGUUAACACAUUCCUCCAGAGCAUCAGUGAACUUCUGCCAGACUACACAGUGUUAAGAGCAAGUGUAGGAAAUAACAAGAAGCAAGAUAAUUGCUUGCACGUCUUUAUUUUUUACCCUGAAGAUGGGGGGUGUGUGUGUUUCUCUGAAAUGUCUGUUAACUUGUACUAGACUACAUAACAGACAUCACAUCCCAGAAGACAACAGUCUUUAUUUUCAAACUAGUUGUAGACAGUUCUCAUGUCCAUGUUGAAUUCUGAAACUGAUGACUUAGAUGUUAUGAUCUUCUUCAUGAGUGCAGGUUUGUGUAUGAACGACACUGAAUGCAUCUCAUCAGGUUCAGAACUGGUUUGUCAUGUUAUCAGGAGGAGCAAAGAAUGGGUUUUACAAUGAAUAAACUCAAAGCUUGAUCCAUGGAAAUAGUUUUUUCUUUAAAUUUUGUUUUAUCAGUUCUGUGAACAGCUUAGUUGAUUGAAUAAUUAAACAUAAAUAUAUCUGAAUUAAACUGUUUAAGUUACAAGAUUCUUGAAUAAACUUGGUAAUAUAAUAAGGGUCAAAAUUGUACCUCAAAUUGGACUACACAUAUUUCUCCAAAUGCAAUCUUUGCAGUUGGACAUAUAUCAUUGGCCUUUAUGCUUAUUUAUUAUUGACACAAAACUUUAAAAUUUCACUUUUGUGUCAUUAAAUGUGUACUUAACUAUUUUAAAUUUUGUAUGAUAUAUCUCUCAUAAAAUAAGAUGAACUUCUUUUCUUCAA